GAAAGAUCCACGCAAGGCAUCGUACACAUCCUUUAUUUUAGGGUAGGGGUAAAGACAGUCACGGUUUGUUUCGAAGCCGACAUUUUCAGUUGACGAUGAUUCUGUAACUACCACACUGCACAAUGGCUGGCGUUUCUGUCAAGGAUGUGGACGCUCAAAAGUUUAUUACUGCCUAUUCUGCUUUUUUGAAGCGCUCAGGCAAAAUGGCUACUCCUCAAUGGAUUGACAUUGUCAAGACCGGUACCCAUAAGGAAUUAGCUCCUUAUGACCCUGACUGGUACUUCGUUCGUGCUGCUGCCAUUGCUCGCCAUAUCUACCUCCGUAAGCAAGUCGGUGUUGGCCGUCUUUGCAAGGUCUAUGGUGGCUCUGUCAACCGUGGCAUGCGUCCCUCUCACCACCGUGACGGCUCCGGCAGUGUUCAACGCAAGGUUAUCCAAAGCUUGGAAAAGAUUGGUGUUCUUGAAAAGUCUGACAACGGUGGCCGCCGUAUCUCCCAACAAGGUCAACGUGACUUGGACCGUAUUGCCUACUCUCUUUUGGAAGAAGAGAGCGAGUAAAUGCAGACAUAGCCAUAAUCUAAAUGUUCCAAUCUGUGUUUAAAAUUGUAUUGUAUAAAUAAGUAUGAGUUUUCUGUAAAGCUCUUCUCUGUACUAUAGGCUUAUUGCUUUUAUUGCUGUAGUUGUGUUUCUAAUGUAUACUGUCUUAGCUCGUCUUGCGGG